GCACGAGCCCCAUUGAGACGCUACAGGGAGUCGUAGUUAUACAAGCAGACAGGAGCAAAGCGGUUGUAUUGCAGAACACAGAGCAUCAUGAGCGACCAACGAUAUCCAAUCAAUAUCAGGCCCAUUGGAGUGAUGCACAAAAUCAAGAGCAAAAUGUAUAUGACGUCGGUGCUGUGGUCAGACGACAGUGACAUUAUUGUUUACAGAUCGUUCCAAGACUUCAAGCAAUUGCACAAACAGUUGAAAAAAAGAUUCCCAGCGGAAGGAUCCUUUGGCAAAUCAAAGAGAGUGAUCCCCAAGUUCAAAGAUGGCACAGUACAGACGACCAAAAAAGGGCCCAGCAAGUCGAUGGUUCGCCUGAAGUUUUUGGAGAAGUACUUCGACCAGCUGUUGAAGUGUGACCCACAGAUCACACAGAGCACCGAGCUCACCCAGUUCUUCUUACCGAAAGCCCAGGAUUUGCAGCCGGAGUUUGCGAAGAACAGCGUCGUGGUCAUGCCGUCAGAAGACCUCCAUGACGGUGGAGGCCAGGCGGGCAGUAGCAGCGGCAACGUGAGUCAGCCCUUUGUGACCGAGGUCUACCGAUGCGUGGCCCCAUAUGAGACCAAGGACACGAAGAACCGACCCUUUAAGGUCUCCGUGGACGAGACGGUGGACGUGCUCAUCAAAGACAAAGCCGGCUGGUGGCUGGUGGAGAACGACAACAAAUGCAUGGCCUGGUUCCCAGCGCCCUACCUGGAGAAGUGUGACGAUGAGGAAAACGAGGAAGAUGAGGACAGCGAGACGCCAGAGGAAGGCGUGCUGUACUGCGCUGUGAAGAACUUCACUUCCACCAAAUCCGACGAGGCGUCGGUGAGCAUCGGGGCCGUGGUGGAGGUGCUGCAGAAAUCCGACAACGGCUGGUGGCUCAUCCGGUAUAAGGGAAAGGUGGGGUACGUGCCCUCCAUGUACCUGCGGCCCUACACCAACCCGAAGGUGCGCUUCGCCACCAUGCAGAAGGAGAUGCGGAGCUCCACCCUCAACCUGGCGCAGCUGCAGGUACCCGGGGCCACCCCGGGCCACGACAGCAAGCGCCGCAGAUCUCACGGCAACCUGCUGUCGCCCGGCGACCUGCCGUCGCCCGGCAACCUCCAUCCCGGCGGCCGUCGCAUGAGCGAGCCCAUGACCGGCCUGCAGCACGCGUGGCCGUCCAUGGAGGUGCUGUCGGAGCCGCAGCGACGCCCGCACCCCGCCAGGCCGAUCAUCAGGGUGGAGAAGCCCCGCGAGGAGGUGCAGGGGCGGCUGGGGGAUCGGCAGGUCAGCCAGAGCAGCGACUGGGGCAGCGACGAGGGCAGCGACGGUGGCAGCGAAGGGAGCAGCGAGCUCAGCUUCAGCGAGGACUCGCCGGGCGUGGACAUGCUCAGCGCCAGCGCGCCCGAAUCGACCUGGCGCGCGCAGCGAGCCCUCACCCCGCAGCCCACCGUCACCCCCGACGACCGACUGACUCCCAGCAAGUCCGAAUCGGACCUCUUCAAAGGCCCGGACGUGCCCAAGGUGCCGCCCCGCCCUCACGCCCAGGAGAUUCUCACUCGCUGCACCACCAUCACCCGCAAGGCGGCACAGAGCCCCACCAAGACCCGGCUGGCCCCCGGCAUCGGCCUCAUACAGUCCCGCUAGGCUCCGACCCCGCCCUUUUCCAAAAUACUCACCACAAAAACAAACUUUCACCGGCGGUGCCAGAGUGACGGUGAAAACGAUGCUGACUGGGCCUUCUGCGGUUGCGACGCUAACCAUUUUAGCUAAAGCGCGCCGCGAGGGUCUGGCGGAGUUCGCAGAUAGCCUUGUAUUCACGCGGACAUGCUAUUAAUGCUGUGGGGCCGAGGCCGGUGUGAGGUCGGCGUGACAACACCCGUGUGCCUGCAAUGCCCCUUUCAGCACUGUGGUUAAAUGCAACAUGCAUCGCAUCAGAAGCAUAUACAUUCAUUUAAACCGAUUUCUUCAUAAAACUGUUCAUAGGCCUGGAUAUAUUACACAAGACAACACUUGUAAUUAUCUUCAGUUAUUCAACUUCAUUACUGUAUUCCUGCUGAAAUAUGCAGUGUUACAUAAACGAAGAAAAGAUGGAAUACAUUAGAGGCAUUUAUUUCAUCAUAUAGUUCCAUGGUUUGCCAGGUUUAAAUCUGAAUUGUAAAAAGUUAUCUGGAAUCUGUUGAAUUCAGUCUACUUCGUGUAAAGUAGCAGAAUGUUUUCUUGUAUUUAGCAUAUUGGUUAGGGUUUUUUUUUAUUUCAACAUUUUAAAAUGAUGACUUUUUUUUUCUUUCUCAUUUUUGUACCCCAAGGUGGAGUGACAGGGAGAAAUAAUUGAUUAUACAGAUUUAAACAUAUAUAUUCAUUCAAAGACUUUAUGCAUAUACUUUUUGGUAUAUUAAAAGGAUUUUGACAGUGUUGACCCUGGAGUUGACUGUGAGGUGAAUGUAAGAACUAUUUAGGUUUUUCCACAGUGGAAAAUGUGUAUGUGCAUUGUACAGAUAUGGGCCUUAUUGGUGUGUGGAGGGACAUGUUCAUGGUUGUUAACAUUUGUAAAAUGUAGACCACAGAGUACUGUAAAUAAAGAGCUAUUUAAUGGAAUAUUUAUCCAGUGAAAGGUGUGUGUGUGAUCUGACUUUUUAAAGUCACGAGCUACAGCUAAAGGCUGCUCUUUGUCCUAAAUGAAAUGUUUAACUGGUUCAAUAUUAAGAGUAAACCAGCUCUGGGAUGUACCACCUUUGGAAAAUUAGACCCAGGUAACUGGAUGGAAGGAAAGACUGCAGACACAGUAGCCUUCCGACCCCCAGCUGAGUUUCAGGGAAUUUACGUCAGGAACGCUAAAAACAACUCAAAACAAGGCCAAUCCCAAACGCUCUUUCUCAGGAAAAGUGGUACUGUGUGAUAAGUCUUGUGUGCAGGCAGUGACGACUUUACUCGAUCGUGCAUUGGCGCACACAUCGCCUCCGUUUGAGGGUUUUCUCCCUACUAGGAGUUUUUUUUUUUACCUCAUGCACUUGCUUUGGGGGUUCAGGCCUGGUGUUGGCUCUGCUUGCUCUGUGGCUCUGUCUGUUGCCUUGCUGCUCUGUAAAGCAUGUUUGUGACAGUUCUCUGUAAAAAGCAUUACACAAAUAAAAUUGAAUUGAACUGAA